CAGGUUUCAACAGUAACGUAGGAAGUGGCCGUUGAUUGGACGUUCCUAUCACUGGGCGUAUUGCGUUGCGCUGUACAGUCGCUUCCUGAAGUACCGCGGAUACCGCUAAAUAAAGAUGCUGGUCCUGGUGCUCGGAGACCUCCACAUCCCCCACCGCUGCAACACCCUGCCGGCCAAGUUUAAGAAGCUGCUGGUGCCGGGGAAGAUCCAGCACAUCCUGUGCACGGGGAACCUGUGCACCAAGGAGAGCUACGACUACCUGAAGACGCUGGCCGGAGACGUGCACAUCGUCAGGGGAGACUUCGAUGAGAACCUGAAUUACCCGGAGCAGAAGGUGGUGACGGUGGGCCAGUUUAAGAUUGGGCUGAUCCACGGGCACCAGGUGAUCCCCUGGGGGGACAUGGCCAGCCUGGCCCUGCUGCAGAGGCAGCUGGACGUGGACAUCCUCAUCUCCGGCCACACGCACAAGUUUGAGGCCUUUGAGAACGAGAACAAGUUCUACAUCAACCCAGGCUCUGCCACUGGGGCUUACAGUGCACUGGAGAGCAACAUCAUCCCUUCCUUCGUGCUGAUGGACAUCCAGGCCUCCACGGUCGUCACGUACGUCUACCAGCUCAUCGGCGACGACGUCAAGGUGGAGAGGAUCGAGUACAAGAAGUCCUAAAGCCCGCGAUCGGACGGAAAAACCAGACGCGUCGCUCCGUUCCCAUCCCCUGCAGCUCUGACACCGGUCCCACAGCGCUGAACGCUGCACCGUACCUGUCCGCUAACUUAAUGAAAGAAACGUAGCAUAUAUAUCAUGGCAUAUAUACGUCGGCAGCGUUUGCCUGUGUUUGACCCACCUUCAGCGUGUCCGGAGAGAAUGAGAUGAUGUCACCUCCAUUCACGUUAUUUCAAUAAUGAAGAUCUGGUGCCACAAUUUAUUUUGUUUUGUUAAGUUUUUUUUAGUUAUGUUGAAAUUUAAGUUUUGUUUCAUGUACAUGCCCUACAAAAAAAAAAUUUUUGGCAUUCAAUUUCAAUUGAAGAUUGUCAUUCACUUUUGUGUUAUGUUAUCAAUAAAUUCUCAUUAACAGUUUGUUUUUUAAAUGCAGAUUUUUUUGUAAAUCUGAGAGCUGUGUUCAUUACUGAGUAAAGUGUAAACGGGGAGUAGUUCUCUUUCCUCUAACACUGUAACAUUGUAACGUUAUGCCUUCAGAAAGAUUUUUGCUGCGAAGUCAAAAUAUAUUUUACAUGAGAUUUUUUCCUGCUCCUGUACAAGUAGCUCUCUAUAAUGUCACUAUGAUAUAAAGUAUUUAGAUGUUUUCAGAAUUAUCAUAAAAAUAAAAACCUAUUAAACUCUGUA